UUAAAUUUGAUAAAUGAGAGUAUAUGGUACCUAUAUUCAAACUUAACAAAUAAAGAAUAGAUAAGAGUAAUGAGAAUCAAGACGGACCCGUACGGAUUUCUUACUGGUUAGGGAUACAAAGUUGUGGAGAGCAAGAAGGACAUGGUAUUGGGUUCAUUUCAAAGAUACUUUAGCAUGAGGCACCAAAACUCCAAGAUUCAGGGUUUAUACGAUCACUGUAAAAACACUUUCUCUCCCUCCGGAAUACCCUCUCCUUCUUCCCAACCUUUGCACAAGCUUUCUUUAAUUCUUGACACGAUUCGUCCCGCUGAUGUUGGGCUUAAGAAGGAAGCUGCAGAUGAUGAUCGAGGGCUUGGAUUUUUCGGUGUUAACCAACAGAAUAGAAUAGCUCGAUGGGCUAAGCCAAUAACAUACAUCGACAUUCAUGAAUCUGAUAGUUUUACGAUGUGUAUAUUUUGUUUUCCAACUUCUUCAGUUAUUCCACUUCAUGACCAUCCGGGAAUGACUGUAUUUAGCAAACUUCUCUAUGGAUCUUUACAUGUGAAAGCUUAUGAUUGGGUCGAGCCACCCUGCAUUGUAGAAAGCAAGGGACCAGGACAUCCUCAAGUAAGACUAGCAAAGUUAGCAGUUGAUAAGGUUUUGAAUGCACCGUGUGAGCCAUCGGUUUUAUAUCCAAAGCAUGGUGGAAAUCUUCACUGUUUCACAGCAGUAAGACCUUGUGCGAUGCUGGACAUUCUCGCGCCUCCUUACAAAGAAUAUGAAGGAAGGAAGUGUACUUAUUAUCACGACUAUCCUUAUUCAACAUUCUCUGCGGGAAAUGGACCUGUAUGUGUCGGUGAAGAGGAUGAAUAUGCUUGGCUUGCAGAGACAGAACCUAGUGAUCUUUAUAUGAAUAGUGGUGUAUAUGCUGGUCCACCUAUUAAGCCAUAGUUUUGCUGCUUGGAUUUUAAAGCAAUUGCAUGUUUCUUGUUGUAAAUUGUGGAUAAUAUUAAUGUUGGAAAUUUCUAGAGUCUGUUUGAUUACAAAA